AUGCCCGAGGAGCGGGCUAAUGAACGACAAAAAGCUGACCCGGUCGCUAUUUCCGGACUGGGAAUAGGUCAGAGAAAUAUUGAUGAGCCAUCGCUGCUAUCUCAAGUUCUUACUAUAGUAGCCGAAGAAUGCGGCAUUGAUCAAGGUGAACUAGCGGACCUCAUCAGCUUUGCUGAUCUUGAAGUCGAUUCCCUGAUGCAACUUGCUAUAAGCUCGCGAAUCAGGGAAGAGCUUUUGCUCGAAAUUUCAUCGUCUCUAUUUAUCAAUAAUCCAACAGUUGGAUCUUUCAAAUCCUAUAUACGGUCGCUAAAUGAUGAUAAAAUUCCCAAAUAUGCAGACGAGUCGGUAUCAUCGACAACAGCCUCUCACUGCAAACGCAAUCCAUCGAGUAUUUUCAGUGUCAUAGACGAUACUAUCCUCUCUACCGAAGAUAUAGAGAAUUGGGAGACCAAUAAUCUAGAUCACCAAGACGAAAAGAAAUACCUUUCUCUCCCGCAAUCUUUGGCAAAGGUUUCUCACCCAUCGAUCUCACCCACACUGACCCCGGACAAGCAUGCCACUUCUUUCCUUUUGCAGCGAAGUCCAAGGACAGCUACAAAAAUGCUAUUCCUGUUCCCAGAUGGCGGUGGCUCAGCUACUUCAUAUACGCAAAUACCUGAUUUGUCUACAAACAUUGCUGUCUAUGGUCUGAACUCGCCGUUUAUGACGACACCGGAGGAAUAUACGUGUGGAGUCUCAGGUAUGGCCCAAUACUUCAUUCAGGAAAUACGAAGAAGACAGGAAAGAGGGCCUUACAAUAUUGGGGGAUGGUCCGCAGGCGGUGUUAUAGCUUUCGAGGGCACUCGGCAACUUAUUAAGUCCGGAGAAAAUGUUGAUCGCUUGAUAUUAUUAGAUGCCCCGUGUCCUUUAACCAUCGAGCCGUUACCGGGCACCUUGCACCAGUGGUUCAAUACUAUAGGUCUUCUCGGAGAUGGGAGUGCUGCGAAAACACCGCCAUGGCUGUUGCCUCAUUUCCAAGCAUCUAUAAACGCCUUGUCAACUUACGAUUUCCGCGCCAUAGACUCAGCAAAAGCACCCUCCACAUAUAUCAUUUGGUGUGAGGAUGGUGUCUGCAAAUAUCCUGACGAUCCUCGGCCAGACCCCUACCCUUACGGACACGCGCAAUUCCUUCUGGAAAACAAAGAAGACUUCGGACCGCAAUUAUGGGAUGCCUUGUUAGGCUUUCAGAAUAUUAAGAUAUUCCGUACGUCAGGCAACCACUUCACGAUGAUGAAAACGCCUUUUGCGGAACAAGUGGGUGAUGCGAUAAGGCAAGCAUUUGCUCGGGUUCAUGAGUGA